AUGGAUAUACGUUUUACUACGACGGGCGCAGGAAGACCACUGACGUGUGGCAAUGCAGCAAAGGGGGCUCGUGCAACGCCAGUGACGUGGACGGUGAACAGCCACGGCAAAGACUUGGUGUUGAUAAAUGGUUAUAGCUUUUACUGUCAUCGGAAGCUCGGCUACACCGAUUAUUGGUACUGCACCGCGUACUCGUCUUGUCGUGCUCGGGUGAUAUUCACCAAGAAGAGAGAGGCUCUAAAGGCUUCUCUGAAUCACAAUCACCAGCCCCGUCAAUAUGUUAUACACAAAGGAAUUUACCGCAAAUUAUAA